UUUCCGAGCUCGACGGCAGCCCUGAACGCCGCAGACUUGGCUCAGCUCUCGCUCUCAGUCCGGUCGGCUGAGCGCUGCUUACCGGCCCGCUGAGCUGAACUGUGUCGCCGCCUGUGAUCCGCUCAGAAGAAAUGGGAGUGCCUUGAUUUCAGCACCAACACCGGCGACACCAACGACUCGGAACGUCUUCGCGUGGACGCGAAUAAUAGCUGCGCGGCGGAUCGUUUCUUUGACGGAGAAAAACUUCGUCCUUAAGAGACCUGCCCCCCCUCCAUCUCAUUGGUUGGAUGAAUACCAAACAGCGUCUCAGCUGUGACCAGUGAUCGGGCACUGAGCCAGACGGGGCAGCCAAAGGACAGCCAGGCUUGCCAUCAUGGCGGAUGUGGACCCAGACACGUUGCUGGAGUGGCUGCAGAUGGGUCAGGGCGAUGAGCGGGACAUGCAGCUCAUCGCUUUGGAGCAGCUCUGCAUGCUGCUGCUCAUGUCGGACAACGUGGACCGCUGCUUCGAGACGUGUCCUCCUCGAACGUUCCUUCCAGCUCUGUGUAAGAUCUUCCUGGAUGAGAGCGCUCCGGACAACGUGCUGGAAGUCACGGCCAGAGCCAUCACCUACUACCUGGACGUGUCGGCAGAAUGCACGCGGAGGAUCGUGGGCGUGGAUGGGGCCAUAAAGGCCCUGUGCAACCGGCUGGUGGUGGUGGAGCUCAACAACAGGACCAGCAGGGAUCUGGCUGAGCAGUGUGUUAAAGUGCUGGAGCUGAUCUGUACCAGGGAGUCCGGCGCCGUUUUUGAGGCCAGCGGCCUGAACUGCGUGUUGAGUUUCAUUCGUGACAGCGGUCACCUGGUCCACAAAGACACUCUGCACUCCGCCAUGGCGGUGGUGUCUCGCCUCUGUAGCAAGAUGGAGCCACAGGACUCCUCUCUGGAGACCUGCGUGGAGUCUCUGUCCAGCCUCCUGAAACACGAGGAUCACCAGGUGUCAGACGGUGCUCUGCGUUGCUUCGCCUCAUUGGCUGAUCGGUUUACUCGUCGAGGUGUAGACCCCGCCCCCCUGGCCAAACAUGGACUGACGGAGGAGCUGCUGUCCCGCAUGGCGGCCGCUGGAGGCUCCGUGUCGGGCUCGUCCUCCGCCUGUAAACCGGGUCGGCCCUCCACUGGUGCCACACCGUCUGCCCCCGACUCCAAACUGAGCAACCAGGUGUCCACCAUCGUCAGCCUGCUGUCCACGCUCUGCCGGGGCUCGCCGGUGGUCACUCACGACUUGCUACGUUCGGCGCUCCCCAACUCCAUGGAGUCUGCGCUAGGAGGGGACGAGCGCUGCGUGCUGGACACCAUGCGGCUGGUCGACCUGCUGCUGGUGCUUCUGUUCGAGGGCCGCAAAGCGCUGCCAAAGUCCACCGCCGGCUCAGCGGGUCGGAUCCCGGGGCUUCGCCGCCUGGACAGCUCAGGGGAGCGGUCACACCGACAGCUCAUCGACUGUAUCCGCAGCAAAGACACCGACGCCCUGAUAGACGCCAUUGACACUGGAGCUUUUGAAGUAAACUUCAUGGACGACGUCGGACAGACGCUGCUGAACUGGGCCUCAGCUUUUGGCACACAGGAAAUGGUGGAGUUUUUGUGUGAAAGGGGAGCAGAUGUGAACCGAGGUCAGAGGUCAUCCUCGCUGCACUACGCUGCCUGUUUCGGACGGCCACAAGUCGCCAAGACGCUGCUGCGGCACGGAGCCAACCCAGACCUCAGGGACGAGGACGGGAAGACUCCUUUGGACAAAGCCAGGGAGAGGGGGCACAGCGAGGUGGUGGCCAUCCUUCAGUCACCGGGAGACUGGAUGUGUCCAGUGAACAAAGGAGAUGACAAGAGGAAGAAAGACGCGAGUAAGGAGGAAGAGGAGGGCAGUGAACCCAAAGGAGACCCCGAAAUGGCCCCUUUCUACCUGAAAAGACUCCUCCCCGUUUUUGCACAAACCUUUCAGCAAACCAUGCUGCCUUCGAUCAGGAAAGCCAGCCUGGCCCUCAUCAGAAAGAUGGUCCACUACAGCAGUGAGGUUCUGCUGAGGGAGGUGUGUGACAGCGAGACGGGACACAACCUGCCCACAGUGCUGGUGGAGAUCACCGCCACCGUCCUCGACCAUGAGGAUGAUGACGACGGUCACCUGCUGGCUCUGCAGAUCAUCAGGGAUCUGGUGGACAAAGGUGGAGAUGUUUUCCUUGACCAGCUGGCCCGGCUUGGUGUCAUCAACAAGGUGUCGACCUUGGCCGGACCGACGUCUGAUGACGAGAACGAGGAUGAAGUCAAACCCGAAAAGGAGGAGGAGGUGCAGGAAGAUGCCAAGGAAAUCCAGCAGGGGAAGCCGUACCACUGGAGGGACUGGUCCAUCAUCAGAGGUCGGGACUGCCUCUACAUCUGGUCGGACGCCGCCGCCCUCGAGCUCUCCAACGGCUCCAACGGCUGGUUCCGGUUCAUCCUGGACGGGAAGCUGGCCACCAUGUACUCGAGUGGGAGCCCAGAGGGGGGGUCAGAUAGCUCAGAGUCUCGCAGCGAGUUUUUAGAGAAGCUGCAGCGCGCCAGAAGUCAAGUGAAGCCGGCGACAGCCAGCCAGCCCAUCCUGUCCAUGGUGGGACCCACCAAGCUGACGGUGGGGAACUGGUCCCUGACCUGCCUGAAGGAGGGCGAGAUCGCCAUUCACAACUCAGACGGGCAGCAGGCCACCAUCCUGAAGGAGGACCUGCCUGGUUUUGUGUUUGAGUCCAACAGAGGAACCAAACACUCGUUUACAGCAGAAACGUCGCUCGGCUCCGAGUUCGUGACGGGCUGGACGGGGAAACGCGGCAGGAAGCUGAAGUCCAAACUGGAGAAGACCAAGCAGAAGGUGAAGAGCAUGGCCAGGGAGCUGUACGACGACCACUUCAAAGCUGUGGAGAGCAUGCCCAGAGGAGUGGUGGUCACCCUGAGGAACAUCGCCACGCAGCUGGAGUCUGCCUGGGAGCUGCACAUGAACCGACAGUGUCUGGAAGGAGAGAACACGUGGAGGGACCUGAUGAAGACGGCUCUGGAGAACCUGAUUGUAGUUCUGAAGGAUGAAAACACGAUUUCUCCCUAUGAAAUGUGCAGCAGCGGCCUGGUGCAGGCUCUGUUCACCGUCCUCAGCAACAGUGUGGAGCUGGACCUGAAACACGACUGUAAGCCUUUAAUGGAGCGGAUCAACGUCUUUAAAGCUGCUUUCAGCGAGAACGAAGAUAAUGAAAGCCGACCAGCCGUUGCCUUAGUGCGGAAGCUGAUCGCCGUACUGGAGUCGAUCGAGCGUCUGCCGCUGCACCUGUAUGACACGCCUGGAUCCUCCUACAACCUGCAGAUCCUGACAAGAAGGCUGCGGUUCCGUCUGGAGCGAGCGCCUGGAGAAACCGCUCUGAUCGACAGGACGGGCCGCAUGCUGAAGAUGGAGCCGCUCGCCACCGUGGAGUCCCUGGAGCAGUACCUGCUGAAAAUGGUCGCCAAACAAUGGUACGACUUUGAGCGCUCGUCCUUCGUGUUUGUGAGGAAGCUGAGAGAAGGACAGAUCUUCACCUUCAGGCACCAGCACGACUUUGACGAGAACGGCAUCAUCUACUGGGUCGGAACCAACGCCAAGACGGCGUACGAGUGGGUGAACCCGGCGGCGUACGGCCUGGUGGUGGUGACCUCCUCCGAGGGAAGGAACCUUCCUUACGGCCGAUUGGAGGACAUUCUUAGUCGAGAUAGCUCCGCCCUCAACUGCCACACGAACGACGACAAGAACGCCUGGUUUGCAGUUGACCUGGGCCUCUGGGUCAUCCCGUCGGCGUACACUCUGAGACACGCCAGAGGCUACGGACGCUCGGCGCUCAGGAACUGGGUUUUUCAGGUGUCCAAAGACGGCCAGAACUGGUCCACUCUCUACAACCACAUCGACGAUGGCAGUCUCAAUGAACCGGGGUCUACGGCCACAUGGCCUCUGGACCCGUCCAAAGAGGAGAAGCAGGGCUGGAGACACAUCCGCAUCAAGCAGAUGGGGAAGAACGCCAGCGGUCAGACACACUACCUGUCCUUAUCUGGGCUGGAGCUGUACGGCACCGUCACCGCCGUGUGCGAGGACCAGCUGGGUAAAGCUGUGAAAGAGGCGGAGGCCAACCUUCGUCGCCAGCGCCGCCUCUUCCGAUCUCAGGUCAUGAAGUACAUCGUCCCGGGGGCGCGGGUCGUCCGGGGCAUUGAUUGGAAGUGGAGAGACCAGGAUGGAAACCCCGCGGGGGAGGGCACCGUCACUGGGGAGGCCCAUAACGGCUGGAUUGAUGUAACCUGGGAUGCUGGCGGCUCUAACUCUUAUCGUAUGGGCGCUGAAGGGAAGUUUGACCUCAAGCUUGCUCCAGGGUACGACCCUGAGCUGGCUGCCACAGCGCCAUCACCCAAACCUGUCUCAUCCGCUGUUUCAGGUCCCGCCUCCUCCACGGUGGGACCCUCUGCGACGCCAGCAGCCGUUGGCGGAACCACCACCACCACCUCAUCCUCAUCCUCCUCCACCUCAUCGUCCUCGCAGCAGCCUUCCUGGAGCAGUUUGGUGAAAAAUAACUGUCCCGACAAGGGGGGGGCCAGCUCCUCCAGCAGGAAGGGAAGCAGCAGCUCCGUCUGCAGCGUGGCUUCCUCCUCGGACAUCAGUCUGAGCUCCUCCAUCGGGCUGCCUGGCGCCGGCGGCCUGCAGCUGGACAGGAAGGCCGAGGGGCUGCUGCUAGAUCAGGCCGCGGGGGUGGAAGGGGUGACGGGGGGAGGGGCCGGUUCCGACGGACACCAACAAGAGCCGAUAGUCGUUCUGUCCUCCGUGACCGAAGCCGGAUCCGGUUCGGCGUCCAGCUCCGGCACGCUCACCGCCGACGCCUCGACGGCGGGAGACGAGCAUCACUCUCCCUCAGCGAUGGCCGCCGCCGACCCGGCCACGGCCAUCUCCAUGGGCUUGGUGAGCGUCAGCUCCCCCGACGUGAGCUCCGUGUCGGAGCCCUCCAGCAAGGACACUCACUCCCAGAGGCCGCUGUGCUCGGCCGUGAACACCCGGCUGUCCGUCAGCUCCCUGCUGGCCGCCAGCGCUCCCAUGAGCUCCAGCGCCAGCGUGCCCAAUCUGUCCUCCCGGGAGGCCAGCCUCAUGGAGUCCUUCGUCCGCCGCGCGCCCAACAUGUCCCGCACCAACGCCACCAACAACAUGAACCUGAGCCGCAGCAGCAGCGACAACAACACCAACACGCUGGGCAGGAACGUGAUGAGCACAGCCACUUCUCCUCUUAUGGGCGCUCAGAGCUUUCCUAACCUCACCACCACUGGCACCACCUCCACCGUUACCAUGUCAACCUCCAUAGUAACCUGCGGUAAUAAUGUAGCCACAGCCACCACGGGGCUGUCCGUGGGCCAGUUGCUAAGCAACACACUGACAACCAGCCUAACCUCCACAUCCAGUGAGAGCGACACAGGACAGGAGGCCGAGUUCUCCCUCUAUGACUUCCUGGACAGCUGCCGGGCCAACACGCUGCUGGCAGAGCUGGACGAUGAGGAGGACCUCCCAGAACCCGACGACGAUGACGACGAGAAUGAAGACGACAAUCAGGAGGAUCAGGAGUAUGAGGAGGUCCUGGUGUGUUGUUGGUUCUGUUUGAUCCUUUCUGUUCGGUUUGAAGCCGCCAGUCUGUUUUUAACGGGUUUGUGGACUGUGUUUCAGGAGGAGGAGGAGUACGAGACGAAGGGAGGACGGAGGAGGACGUGGGACGAUGACUUUGUCCUAAAGAGGCAGUUUUCUGCUUUGGUCCCGGCCUUCGACCCCAGACCAGGAAGAACCAACGUCCAGCAGACCACCGACCUGGAGAUCCCCCAACCGGGAACUCCCAGGUCGGAGGUCCGGGAGGAGGUGGAGUGUGCUCCUUCCCCCCAUCUCGCCCUCACGUUGAAGGUGGCAGGACUCGGUACGGCUCGGGAGGUGGAGCUCCCGCUCUCCAACUACAAGCUGACCAUCUUCUACUAUGUGCAGCGGCUCCUGCAGCUCUCCUGCAAUGGAGCCGUGAAGACGGACAAACUGCGGCGCAUCUGGGAGCCCACGUACACGAUCAUGUACAGAGAGCUCAAAGACUCGGAUAAAGAGAAGGAGAGCGGGAAGAUGGAUCUCUUCGAGCACGUUGGAAGUCGGUCUGGAGGUCUGAGUCCGAGCUUGGGUUCAGCCAAUCAGAGCAGCGAGAUCCUGGGCUGGGCGAAGGAGGUUUUGCAGGCCAAGGCGGGCUGCAGCCAGAACGCCUGCGGGGUGGAGGAUGUCCUGCAGCUGCUGCGCAUUCUCUACGUGAUCGGGAGAGACUCGGCUGCAGAAGGACGCACGCUACAAGAAGAUAUUGAUGAGCUGCAGUUCAACGCACCUCCUGAUGAGUUCAGCAGCAAGAAGAUCACCACCAAGAUCCUGCAGCAGAUCGAGGAGCCCUUGGCUCUGGCCAGCGGAGCGCUGCCGGACUGGUGUGAACAGCUCACCUCAAAGUGUCCUUUCCUGAUCCCCUUUGAGACCAGACAGCUGUACUUCACCUGCACUGCCUUUGGGGCCUCCAGGGCGAUCGUGUGGCUCCAGAACCGCCGCGAGGCGACCAUGGAGCGCUCACGGCCAUCCACCACCGUCCGGCGAGACGACCCCGGAGAGUUCCGAGUCGGUCGCCUUAAACACGAGCGAGUUAAAGUUCCUCGAGGGGAGUCCAUGAUGGAGUGGGCGGAGUCUGUGAUGCAGAUCCACGCAAACAGGAAGUCCGUUUUAGAGGUGGAGUUUCUGGGUGAGGAGGGAACGGGUCUGGGUCCGACUCUGGAGUUCUACGCUCUGGUGGCGGCGGAGUUCCAGAGGACGUCUCUCGGGAUCUGGCUGUGUGACGACGACUUCCCGGACGACGAGUCUCGGCAGGUGGAUCUGGGCGGAGGUCUGAAGCCCCCCGGCUUCUACGUGCAGCGCUCCUGCGGACUCUUCCCGGCGCCGUUCCCUCAGGACAGCGAGGAGCUGGAGCGGAUCACUCAGCUCUUCCACUUCCUGGGGAUCUUCCUGGCCAAGUGCAUCCAGGACAACCGGCUGGUGGACCUGCCGGUGUCUCAGCCGUUCUUCAAGCUGCUCUGCAUGGGCGACAUCAAGUCCAACAUGAGCAAGCUGCUGUACCAGUCCCGCGGCCCCCCCCAGGACAGGGCCCCCCUGCUGCUGCUGACGGAGGUGCAGUCGGAGGCGUCCACCGAGGAGAGCCAGGAGACGUACUCCGUGGGGAGCUUCGACGAGGACUCCAAGUCGGACUUCAUCAUGGACCCGCCCAAACCCAAACCGCCCGCCUGGUUCCACGGCAUCAUGUCCUGGGACGACUUCCAGCUGGUCAACCCGCACAGAGCCAGCUUCCUGAAGGAGGUGAAGGAGCUGGCCGUGAGGAGGAGACAGAUCCUGACCAGCAAGAGUCUGUCGGAGGAUGAGAAGAACACCCGGCUGCAGGACCUGAUGCUGAGGAACCCGCUGGGCUCAGGACCGCCCCUCAGCGUGGAAGACCUCGGGUUGAACUUCCAGUUCUGUCCGUCCUCAAAGAUUCACGGCUUCUUCGCGGUGGAUCUGAAACCAAACGGAGAUGACGAGAUGGUGAGUCUGGAGAACGCCGAGGAGUACGUGGAGCUGAUGUUCGACUUCUGCAUGCACACCGGCAUCCAGAAGCAGAUGGAGGCCUUCAGAGAGGGUUUCAACCGCGUCUUCCCCAUGGAGAAGCUCAGCUCCUUCAGCCACAAGGAGGUGCAGAUGAUCCUCUGCGGGAACCAGUCGCCCUGCUGGACCGCCGAUGACAUCAUCAACUACACUGAACCAAAGCUGGGAUACACCAGAGACAGCCCCGGGUUCCUCCGCUUCAUCCGAGUUUUAUGCGGAAUGUCGACGGACGAGAGGAAAGCUUUCCUGCAGUUCACCACCGGCUGCUCCACGCUGCCCCCCGGCGGCCUGGCGAACCUGCACCCGCGCCUCACCAUCGUCAGAAAGGUGGACGCCACCGACUCCAGCUACCCGUCGGUGAACACCUGCGUCCACUACCUGAAGCUGCCGGAGUACUCGUCCGAGGAGAUCAUGAGGGAGCGGCUGUUGGCGGCCACCAUGGAGAAGGGCUUCCACCUCAACUGACCUCGCCGCCGCCGCACUGAGCAUGCUCCCCAGAUCCAUCCGUCCCUCCGGCCUCUCAGACGGACGGACGGACCGACUGCUGGAGGAGGACGUUUGCGUCGUAGAACCGAGAGAAGCUUCUGUCCCACCGGCUUCCCCUUCGCCUCGCCGGCGGCCGCCCGCUCGCCGCCGCGCCCAGCGUCCUCCUCCCGUCUUAGGAAUUUCCCAUCUGGUUUGACUUCUGUUUUCUCCCUCCUCCGGCUUGUUUUUAGUUUCCCCCUCGGUUCCUUUUCGCUUCGUGUGUGCCGCAUUUUGGUUCGACCAGAAGAAGAGGUCAAAGGUCAGAGAGCGUGUGGCGUUUCCUCUGCCGUGAAGCUGCAGAGACAAACGGGACAGCAGCUCUGCUCUCCCUGUAUUUUCUUUGUAUAUUAUAAACCUUUAUUUAACUCGAGUCGCAGUUUGAAGUAAACAGAUAUUUUCAAAUGUGUAUGCUCCAAAAAAAUCAUUAAAAUGUUUGCAAAGUAUGAAGCUC